AUGGCUUUCAAUCCCGAUAAUGUAAAACCUCUCGAUGCGAACACAGAUUUUUCAAAUGUAAAAGUGAACGGCGUUAGUUGGGUAAAAGGAAGUGGCAAAGAAGUGCAGUGGAAAGACAGCGAUGUCACGGUCAUUGAGAAGGACAGCGAUGGAAAGGAGCAUUUGACUUCUCUCUCCAGCUGGCGUGAUGGUUCUUUGACGGUCAGCUCAGGCAUGAGUUUGUACAUCGCAGGAGGACAAUUCAGAGUGGGAUAG